GCGGCGGCGGAGACGCCAUUUUGCGAACGGCGAGCAGCGGCGGCGACGCGGAGAGGCGCAGCGGAGGUUUUCCUGGUUUCGGACCCCAGCGGCCGGAUGGUGAAAUCCUCCCUGCAGCGGAUCCUCAACAGCCACUGUUUCGCCAGAGAGAAGGAAGGGAAUAAACCCAGCGCCACCGUUCACCCCAGUCGCACCAUGCCGCUCAUCAGUCUGCACAGCCGCGGAGGCCGCAGCAGCGAGAGUUCCAGGGUCUCCCUUAACUGCUGUAGUAACCUGGGUCCAGGGCCUCAGUGGUGCUCCGAUGUCCCUCACCCACCCCUGAAGAUCCCAGGUGGGCGAGGGAAUAGUCAGAGGGAUCACAAUCUUUCAGCUAAUUUAUUUUACUCUGAUAAUAGGCUGAAUGUAACAGAGGAACUAACGUCUAAUAACAAGACGAGAAUUCUCAAUGUCCAGACCAGGCUCACAGAUGCCAAACACGUUAACUGGAGAGCAGUUCUGAGCAGCAGCUGCCUCUACAUCGAGAUCCCAGGCGGAGCUCUGCCAGAGGGGAGCAAAGACAGCUUUGCAGUUCUUCUCGAGUUUGCAGAGGAGCAGCUGCAUGCUGACCAUGUCUUCAUUUGCUUCCACAAGAACCGUGAUGACAGAGCCGCUCUGCUCCGCACCUUCAGCUUUAUGGGCUUUGAGAUUGUGAGACCGGGGCACCCCCUUGUCCCCAAGAGACCCGACGCUUGCUUCAUGGCCUACACAUUUGAGAGAGAGUCUUCUGAUGAGGACGAGUAGCAGCUGCACCACCUGCACCUCACCUUUGCCACCACUGACAGAUCAUCGCAGAUCGUAGCCCCUUUGUGUGUCUCGCUUUGUGCUGGUGGUGUGACCAACGGCUGCACUGGGGUGCAAAUGCCAGGCCUGCUCCCCUCUUCUGGGUUUUGUCCGCAUGUUGUAAUUGUGCAAAUAAAUGCUCACUCCAAAUUAGCGGUAUAUUUCUUGAAGUUUAAUAUUGUGUUUGUGAUACUGAAGUAUUUGCUUUAAUUCUAAAUAAAAGUUUAUAUUUUACUUUUUUAUUGCUGGUUUAAGGUGAUACAGAUUAUCCUUGUACUUCAAGCAGGAGUUUUCUUAUUUGAAGUUUUGGAAACAGUUUUAGGUCUUAACUUGGAAAGAUAGGUAUUAAUCGACCCUUCUAUUGCUUUGAAAAAAUCUGAAUAAAAAUGAUUACAUCUAA